UCUUAUUUGUUUAUCUCGUUCUUACUGUGCGUUUCUAGUUUUAAGAUUAGGUUAGAGGUUCUCGUGAAACUUGUUUAAAUAACACUGUAAAAAAAUGUCGAAAUCAAUCGGAAAGAGAAUGCUUAAAAAAAUAACCGAGAAGAUUGAUCAUUCGUCAAAAUUACGCGUGACUAUACCUGCGGGCUUGGCGUCAUCCGCACCACCCCUCGGAUCUCAACUCGGACAAAGGAAUAUCAAUAUUGCAAAUUUUUGCAAAGACUUCAAUCAGAAGACAGCCAACAUCAAGGAAGGCAUCCCUUUGCCAUGUCGUGUAAAAGUGCGUUCAGAUAGAACUUAUGAUUUAGUAAUUCACAAGCCACCUGUAACAUAUUAUUUGAAACAAGCAGCUGGAAUACAAAAAGCAAAAAUGAAGAAAGGCGAAGUGGCUGGUAAGAUAACUCUGAAACAUUUAUAUGAAAUUGCUAAAAUUAAGUCAGAAGAUCCAACUAUGGCAUUGCUCUCUUUGGAGCAAGUCUGCACUAUGAUGGUCGGCAUCGCGCGCACAUGCGGCAUUGAGAUUGUGCGUGAGUUAGAUCCAGAAGAAUACAAAGAGUUCCUGAAGAAGAGAGAAGAGGCUAUCACGCAGUAUCGCGAAGAACUACGUUUAGCUAAAGAAAGCAGGAUGCUUAGAACAAAUUGAUUCAUAAUUAUCGUAGCAUAUUUAAAUUUCUGUUAACUAUAAUAUUUCACUGUACAUAUAAAUAUAUAUACAUUAAAAUUUA